CCACUUCACCAGGUCGAUCCCUUGGGGGUCUUAAAACGUGUGGUAGUAAGUAGAGUAGUCGGGCUUGGAUAGGGGGCCUAGGCCCAGCUUUUGCAAAACAAUUAUUGAUGGGUCCCACUCCAUGUGAUUAUUGUGUUAUUUGCUCCGUGAUGGAAUUUUGGGCUGUUCAUUUCUCUAGUAGCUCACUUCGAUUUUUACUUUUCCAUUCAAGGUAACAACGAUGUAGGAGCACGUACAGACAUAUAUAUUCACCAAAAAAGAAAAGAAAAGGAGGGCAACUUGGCACGGCUAAUUAUUGGUCUAGAGUCAUGAUGAUGUAAAAAUCAAAUCUUGAGGCGUUUCCAGAUCUCCUUACUAAAUAUAUAUACAGCCAAUUGUAGAUUUGAAGUACAGCAUGAUUGCAUCAAUAUAAUGAAAGUUGUAUGGUAUGAUGAUUAUAAUACAUUAUCAUAUGGAUCAGCAAGACACCGACUGGAGCUAUUAUUUCAAAUCUCAAGGGUUGCGUGCUGCCUCAAAACCAAAACUUGGAAUUACUUGUGUCCAUAUACAGAAACCUAACCUGCAUCUCAUUGAACGACAUGUUUGUCCCGGGAACCGUUUUCCUUGCAGUGGCAGCUCCGCUCUUCCUGGUUCUUCUACUCCGCCUUUUCCAUGGCCGAAAAAGCAAAACCAAUUCAAGCCGGUUACCACCGGGUCCUCCAUGUUGGCCGGUGAUUGGGAACCUCUCCGAUUUAGGCAAGAAUCCACGCAAAGUAUUCAAGAGGCCACACCAAAUGCUCGUUGAACUUCAACAAAAAUAUGGACCUGUAUUCAUGCUACGUCUGGGUGCAGUGAAUACACUGGUUAUAGGUUCAGCAGACGUUGCUAUGGAGUUUUUCAAAAACCAUGAUCAAUCUUUUAUAAACCGUGUUUUGCCAAAGAUUUUCAACGUAGUCGUAGAUGAACAUGGUAAUAACAUGACUCCCUUCAAUCAGCAUGGAUACACUGGCGGAUGAUGAGACGACUAUAUGCGACCAAGCUCUUCUCCGGUACGAUGCUACAAAAUACUACUGGUAAACGAAGACGAUUUGUUGAACGUAUAACAGAAUGGAUAUCAAUAGAAGAAAAGGUGGGUAGAAGUGUUGAAUUAAACCUAUUGAUUUUCAUCUCUCAGGUUAAUCUAAUAGGUGAUCUAUUGUUUUCAAGGGAUCUUAUGGAUCUUAAAUCUGGUACUAAGGAUGAAUUCUUUGUAUUGGUUAACGAGAUAGCAACAAUAAUUAAAACGCCAAAUCUAGCCGAUUUAUUUCCAUGGCUAGGGAAUUCAGAUCCACAAAAUUUGACCAAGAGAAUGAAGAAGGCAUGGGAUGCAGCCUUAAACAUCGUUGAUGGUAUUGCAACGGAACGGAGGCGCAUGGGUUUGGUACGCAAGAACGACGAGCAAAAGGAUUUUUUAGAUGUGCUGAUGGAUUUUGAAGGCGAUGGCAAAGAUGAAGCAUGGAAAUUCUCAGACAGACAGAUAAAUUUGUUCGUGCUGGAAUUGGUAGCGGGUUCAACAGAUACAAUAGCUAGUGUUAUUGAAUGGGCAAUGACAGAACUUCUUCGCAAUCCGGAGGCAAUGAAUAAGGUUAACGCUGAAAUUUCCCAAGUUGUUGGUUAUGACAGAAAGAUCGAGGAAAAAGAUAUCGAAAGUUUACCUUAUCUAUGGGCAGUACUCAAAGAAGCAUUGAGAUUACAUCCAGUUGCUCCUUUCCUAAUACCACGAAUUAAUGUUGAAGAAACAGACUUCAUGGGGUAUCUGAUACCUAAGGACACUGUAGUGUUGGUGAAUGCUUGGGGCAUUGGAAGGGAAUCAGCUUCAUGGGAUGAUCCAUUAUCUUUUAAUCCAGAUCGUUUCUUGGGGACCAAUAUUAAUUACCAUGGACAACAUUUUGGUUUCUUGCCGUUCGGAAGUGGAAGACGUAUCUGUCCUGGAAUCCCACUGACUCAACAAGUUCUUCCUAUUGCGCUUGGAUCAUUGCUCCAAUCAUUUGAUUGGGCACUUGAAAGUGGAGUCACUCCUGAAUCCAUAGACAUGGGUGAAUCAUACACGGUGGUACUGCACAAGACAAUUCCAUUAAAAGUAAUACCAACUACCAAGAGUAUCGGAGCUCUCUUGAAGACAGGGUAACCUAGUUUGACUUCAAAUCCUAAAAUGCUAUAUUUGAAAUGGUUAGUUGGGUACUUCUAACGAGUAAAAUUGUUGUAUUUUUUUCAUUUUGAAGUGCACCAUGAAUAUUCAACUUUACUUUUGUAUUCCUUACUGUGCUCGAUCAAGUUUAUAAUAUUUACUUGAAUUUUCUUAUUAAAA